AUGAGCAAGAGCUUCUUGAAUCAAAGUGCCAUUAAGAAGAUGAAGGAAGAAGUUCUAAAGGAUUUUGAAGACUUGGCUAGAAAACUCCCAUGGUCAGAGCCUUUGAAAGUAUGGAAAAUUAACACCACUUUUAAGAAAAAAAAAACAAAGCACAAAAAGAUAAAUCAAAAUUCAAGUAAAGGGAAGAUUGAUAAUGGAAAAGAAGACAAAACAGAUGAGGCCGAUGUUAAAAAAGAGUUGCCUGGCAAUGCUUUAGAUUCACAUAUCUUAGAUUAUUAUGAAAAUCCAGCCAUCAAAGAGGAGAUAUCUACAUUGGUAGGUGAUGAUUUGGCAUCUUGCAAAGAUGAGACUGAUGAGAGUGCAAAACAAGAAACUGAGCCUCAAGUGCUAAAAUUUAGAGUCACAUGCAACAGGGCAGGAGAGAAACAUUGCUUUACCUCCAAUGAGGCUGCAAGAGAUUUUGGAGGUGCUAUUCAAGAUUAUUUUCAGUGGAAGGCUGACAUGACCAACUUUGAUGUGGAGGUUCUUUUGAAUAUCCAUGGUAAUGAAAUCAUUGUGGGCAUUGCUUUGACUGAAGAGAGUCUCCACCGAAGAAAUAUCACACAUUUUGGACCUACAACUCUUAGAUCAACUCUUGCCUAUGGGAUGCUCAGGCUCUGUGAUCCUCUGCCUUAUGAUAUAAUAGUCGAUCCAAUGUGUGGAACAGGGGCAAUACCAAUAGAGGGAGCGACUGAAUGGUCUGACUGUUACCAUAUUGCUGGCGAUAAUAAUCCACUGGCUGUAAAUAGAGCAGCAAAUAACAUCUCAUCUUUAUUGACCAAGAGCCAAAAUAAAGAAGGGAAACCAUCGUGGGGUUUGCCCAUAGAUGCUGUUCAAUGGGAUAUCUGCAAUCUGCCCUUAAGAACAGGCUCAGUGGAUAUUAUUGUAACAGAUUUGCCGUUUGGAAAAAGGAUGGGCUCCAAGAAGAGAAACUGGAACCUUUAUCCAGCUUGCCUACGGGAGAUGAGCCGUGUCUGCACACCUGCAACAGGCAGAGCUGUACUUCUUACUCAGGACACGAAGUGCUUUACCAAGGCAUUAUCUGGAAUGCGACAUGUAUGGCGAAAGGUGGAUACAGUCUGGGUGAACAUUGGGGGCCUUCGUGCUGCAGUUUAUGUUCUG